CUGUGCACCUGUGGGCGUGACCGCCGGCCCCCUCCUCCUCCUCCUGCUUCGUUACUUGAAGGGCCGGCGCCGCUGUAGCGGCAGAACCUGAGAGCGGUGCGGGCGGCGCACGGAGAGGAGAAAACCUGCCACCGCGACCCUCCCACCUGAAGUGUCCCGGCCGCCUCUCGCCCCGUCGAGCCGCAGGACCAGCUGGGAGGGGAGCUCAGGCUGGACUGGGCGGGGGGGACGGGGCUGUCCGGCUCCGCCGCUGCUCUCGGCAGCUGGCGGGCACCGCCGCCCCCCGCUCCCCCGCGGGCGCUGCGCUGGGGCGCGGAUCGCCCUCGCCCCGCGGAACUGCCCGGCCGAGCCCUGCCCCGCGGGUGGGCGGCGGUGGCCCCGGUCUGCCCUCGCCCCUCGGUGCCGGCGGCCCCCGCGGACAUGCUGCCCUGCGCUGGGCGGCGGCGGCGCCCUGAGCGGGGGUCGCCCUAGAGCGGCGGGCGGGCGGGGGAGGCCCCGCGACAGCACCGCCAGGGCCCGCACCCACCGGCGGGGGCUGCCCCGGGGAGCGGGGAGGCGGGGGAGAGGACAACAAGCGGAACAACUUCUGCAAAUUAAAAAAGGAAAGAAGAGGAAAAAAAAGUAAAAAGAGGGUCGUUCAUGGGACAUCUUCGAAGCUCAGCAGCACGCGUGGCGUCCAAGCCGCAGUGAAACCCUCCACACCAGUGAAUCCCACCACAGUGACAAAAAGAAAGCUGGCAGUGGCCACUGUACCCAAGUCUCGCAGGUGUUAGAGUCGUCUUGGCUUUCUGGCUGGAAGAUGAUUCCUGCAACAGAACCAUGUUGCUGAUGAUAAACCGCAGGGUCGUUGGAAGAUGCCUUCCUUGAGGAUUACACCUGGAGAAAGGCCAUCAGUCAAGGGGAGAGCUGGCUGGUGAAACUGUCUGACUUUCCCCCCCACCGGGGAAGUGGCUUCAAUGGCUCCAUCUCCCAGGAGAAGCAGUAGGAAAGAUGCCAACACCUUGCCAAGCAUGUCUUCAACUUUCUGGGCUAUCAUGAUCCUGGCCAGUCUCCUAAUCGCUUACUGCAAUUUUAACAGCUAUUUUGGAGCGGAUAACCCUCAAUGGCUGUAUAUGAGACAUUGCCCGGGGUGCUUCCAAGAUGCUUUUGAGCUGGGUCAACUGGCUGCAGGUACAUGUGAGAUUGUUACUUUGGACAGAGAUAGCAGUCAGCCCCGAAGGACUAUAGCCCGACAAACAGCUCGCUGUGCAUGUAAAAAAGGACAGAUUGCCGGUACAACAAGAGCAAGGCCAGCAUGUGUUGAUGCACGAAUUAUCAAAACAAAACAGUGGUGUGAAAUGCUUCCAUGUUUAGAAGGAGAAGGCUGUGAUUUGCUAAUCAAUAAAUCAGGCUGGACCUGUACGCAACCGGGAGGACGGAUAAAGACAACCACGACUGAAGACCAGCUGGAAAUGUCCUGAGGCCAUGGUCUACUGGUCUGAGCUUGGGACUGGGAGCCAGAAACUCCUGAGCUCUAAUCCCGGCUCUGACAGUGACUCCCUCUGUGGCCUUGGCCUGUCUGAGGCCAUGUGGUUUGGAGAUCUGAUCACUAGUCCGAAAAGGAAAGACUGUUUGCAAGAUUUCUGGGGUGUUUUUUCCUGGAAAAGGUCUCCUGACAAAUGCAGCAACACAGAAUCCUCGUAGGAGUGGUUUAGGCUCUCUGUGAGCUACUUAACUUAGUCAAGUUUCACUGCUGUUGAUCAUCAUCCGUUAUAUGUCAUCAACUCAACUGUCUGUUUCUCUGUAUCUCAUGAGUGACAGCAUAAUUCCUCUACAUUAUGAGCUAAAGUUUGUUCUACCAUUCUAAGGAUCACUGGACUAAGGAAUACAGAAAAAGAGAUAUGCUUGGGCAUUAGCAAUACAAACAAGUUCAUGGUUAACGUUUCAUCUGCGUUAUACACCACUGCUGGACUUGCUGUUACCUACAUGUUUCAAUCCGAAGAGUCUGCUACAAUGAAGAGUAUCAUCCCAACCAGCCUUAGAGAAGACUGUUUUGCCUAUGGGAGGACACUGAGGUGCAAAAGAGAAACUCUUCUUGUGCCCUAAACUGUCUGAAUUGCUUUUAUUUUCUUAUACUUUCAGUAUAUACAAUAGACCAAAGAGCAAAAUCUAUUUUAAAGUGGACACAAUCUUACUCUUAACAGAAUUAUGUCAUUUAAUUGAAGGAGGUCUCCACAAACAUGAUUCCAGCUUUCAAAAAGAUGAAAUGUUGUUGUCCAGCAGAAGUCUUUACGGAAAGCUGCAGUAAAAACUAACUCAGAGACCUGCUCUUGAAAUGCCACGUUCAAGAGAACAUAACGGAGCACUGAGAGAAAAUGACCUAUGUUUGAAAAACUUGGACAAAAAGAACACAAACUGUCUACACGGCACCUUUAUUCCUCUGUACUUAGAUUGACUUUCUCGUACUAAAAUCAUUUUCAGUUUUAACCAGUUAAACAUGCCUCUUCUACAGUUCCAUUUUUGAUAGUUAAAGUUGGAUAAUACAGUAUUUGCAAAGAGCAUGUUUGGUCAUCUGUGGCCUAUGUCUCAUCUGAUACACCAUUUAGCACCAGAAAGCAAAUUAAAGAGAAAACAAAAGUAACAUUUGUUUGAAAGAGAUCAUUAAAUGUAUUUUGAAAAGCCUAAAGUUAUAUAUUUAACAGUUUUUAUAUGUUGUAUAUUUGUAGAAAAUCCUAUUUAACAAUUAACGUGAUAACUCUGACAGUCAUGACAAGUGGUUCAGAGUUAAGUUGUGUUUUAUUACUUCAGUUGUCUCUGAAGUGACUGGUGUCGUUUGCUUUCUUCCAUGGGGACAUUCUGGAUGUAAAGCAUGACCAGAGAGGACUGUGUAGAAAAAGCAAAGAAUAAUGUUGUUUAUAUUACAUAAAUGCAUUCAACCAUUGCACUGUUGGAAGGCAUUUUUAUUUUUAUUUUAUUUUUAUUUUUUGUCUUUAUGUACUGAUAAAAAUAGGGUGUAAAAUAUUUUACUCAUUGCUCUUCAUAGCAAGGUUUGUUUUUCUUUCUUUCUUUCUUUCUUUCUCCUCUACUUUUAUGUAAGGGUCAGUUUGAAGCCUGUUCCUUGAUCCCAUUUUCAGUGUUUUACCUCAUUGUUAGAAAGUCCACUUUUUCAGCAUUAUUGGUUAGUGAAAAUUUAGCAAAGACAGCAUAGACAAGGGAGAAAUAAUGACAAAACAGAGAAACAAAACCUUGUUCCCUUUUACCCUACCUUUUGGCAUAUAGGUUUGGUGCAUAUUGGUAUGAUGCAAUCAACAAGGGAGCUUAAUUUCUUCCUGGAAAAUGUGUUAUGGUUUCAAGUAUACUACCUAAUACUCAAAUUAACUUUUAGUGUUAUGCUCGUUCUGUUCUACUAAAGAAAAAUAUAUAGAGAUUAUUCAAGUGACCAUAGAUGAGAGGUGCAAAAAUGAAAAGUUGAUAAAAGAAUUUUUUUUAAAGCCUGCUCAAACACUGAGGCUUAUUUAAUGCAGAGGUUGCAGGAAAAAUUACCUAUAUUGUAUCAGUUUGUCUUCAAGUAAAAUAAAUAUAUAAAAAAUUCUUAUUUAAUCAUAGGAUUUUGACCAGUAUCAAAGUAGCAAUUAAAGCCCAGCCACUUGUAAAGUGUAAUGGACUGACUGCACUAUAAAUGACCGAUGUCAGGUUUAAAAUGUCAUGCAAUAAAUGAUGGUAAAUACAUUUACUGUACAUGUAGACCUCAAGAGCCAGAUCCUUCACUCUACCAACUCUCUGUUUUGAUUUAUUUUAAAGGGAGCAUAGUAGCCUUAUUUAGUAAACACAGAAAAAUGAAAGAUGUUACAUCAUUUUUGUUGCUUUACAGUAUUCAUUUUGUGUUGGUUCAGCUAAAUUAUGAAAAAUAAAGAAAAUCCUUUUCUAAGUGAGACUUGUUCCCUGAGCAUGACGUCACCAAAGGAAUUUCACCAAAUGAUAAGGUGGGAGCACAGAGAGGAAGAUGGAAUUGGAAAUUGAGGACAUGGGUUGUGUUUUGAAGUUUUACCUUUCCAUUUUCAUGUCUUGGAUACCUUCAUUUUGGUAUGCUUGGUUACAGAUCACAUUAAGGUCAUUUAUUUUCUGGAAAUCAGAUCCUCUAGGAACUUGGGUAUCUAAGAAUGUACAUUUGAAAUCUUUACAUCUAAAAUCAUACAUUCCAAUCAGUUUUGAAUAUGCAAUCUUAUGUCUUUGUUUUCUAAGCACUUUAAAAGCUCAACAAAAGGUAGAUGUACGUUGUUUAUAAGGUCCACUCUGGAGAAGAAUUAUCAAAGGCAAAAGAUUCUGAUUAUUCU